GGGAACAGCUAGUUAGUAAGUAAUAUAAUAAUUCGUUGAUGUAUUCCAGGUGCUGGCGAACGGUCAGCUGAACUGCGGCGGCAUGGUGCUGACGGCGCGCCACGUGCUCUCCGCCGCGCACUGCUUCAUCAACCCGGACGGCGCAGCAAUCAGCCCCUCAGUCUUCACCGUCCGAGUCGGGUCCACCUACUCCAUGUCCGGUGGAUCCGUCCACAAGGUGUCCACCAUCGUCCUGCACGAGUCGUACAACAACCCGACCAGUAAUAACGACGUGGCGGUGGUGGUGCUGGCGUCCCGGAUCCGGAGCUUUAAUAGCUCGACUGUGAGACCGGCCAUUGUGCCGCCAUCUGGAUAUGUGGUGCCAGAUAAUGCGUCCGUCGUCGCUAUUGGCUGGGGCAGCACUGUGAUGAGUAUAUUUUAUGAACCUAACUAUACUUACAGUCAGCCCAAGAGUUACUCUUACUACUGUAGUUUUUAUGUAUGGCAUCCCAGUGCAAAUCUGACUGUUAUCUUGCAUACCUAGGUACUUAAUGUAACUUUACUUCGGCUUAUAGUUAGAAGAAAUCAAGUAAACAGAA